AUGAGUACUCUUAAAGCAAGAGGUAGAAAAUUGUUUGAAAUUCCAAUAUGCACAAUUUGUUUAGAGCCAAUGAUAAAGGAUCUUUGCGUUUUUACAGUAUGUGGACAUGUGUUUCACUAUAAUUGUGGUGUAAAUUGCCAUUAAAAUUCAAGAAAAUGCCCUAAUUGUCGUAUGAGAUCUACAGAAAUAUAGUCAUUACAUUAUGCAGUUGAAGAAAUUACAGGUAUUGAUGAAUAGAUGAGUAAACUAUUAAAUGAUUUGAGUGUUGAUUAGAAAUAACAUAUGGCUAAAUUAUUAUCAGAUCAUGAAGAAUUAAUGCAUGAAAAUUAAAGAAUUAUGUAAAGAAAUAAAUUUGUUGAAGAAAAGAAUGAAUCCAUAUAGUGUGAAGUUUAACAUAUAUAGGCAGAACUUAAAAGAUAUUUGGAAAAGAACACAGAAUUAGAAAUAAAAGAAAAAUAGCAAGAUUAAUAAAUAAAAACGCUAGAAAUUUGUUUUUAAUCAUUAGAAGAAGAAAAUAAAAAGUUAAAUUAAAAUAUUGAAAAGUAUGAGAUUUAAUUGAAAGGUUAUGAUUAUUUGGAAAAUUUAGCUAAAGUAAUAAACAAUCCACAUGAAGAUAUGUAUUUAAAAUUAAUACGACAAAAGAGUCCAAAUGAAUAAGCUAAAUAGAUUUAUGAUUUAUAUGUAAUUAAAGUAGGACAAUUUAAAACUGUAUAAAAAGAAAUGGCUUUAUUAUAAGAGUAAAGAGAAUAGCAAUAAAAGAAAUAUGAAUAAUUAUAGUAAAAAUAUGAAAGAAUGAAAGAUUUAUAUGAAGAACUUUAAAAGGAGAAUCUAUCAAUUAAAGAACUUUCAAGAAAUUAGAAUUAUAAACCUAUAUAGAAGAUUAUAGAACAUUAUGAGGAUAAAUAAGAGAAUGAAUUUAAAAGGAAACCUAUUAAUAUAUAAAAAUAAGUAUCAUUUGGAUGCUCUUAAUUAAGAAAACAACCAUUGAGUUAAAGUUUAUUGAAAAAAUGA